AUGUCCAGAGCUGCAGGCAUCUCCGCAGAGCGCAUGUACUUGGUCCCGGAGGCAUGGGAUGAGCUGACCAAGCACGCGGAGCAGCGAAACUUCUCGGAGAUGACUCCUUCUCGCCCUGACCCCGCCCAGAUAUUGCUGAACACCUUGGCGGAGGAGGACGUGCGCCACCAGGAGCAGCUCGCCCAAGUUCGUGCACACGCAUUGGCGAUGAGGACGCACGCGGUGGCCCUGGUGGGCGACCCAACAUCUCGUCAGGGUUGCGGGGGGAUUUAUGUGCGAGAUGGAGGGCAUGGCCCUGGAGACGGAGAACGCAGCCCAGGCGGUCAAGCGGACGAUGACAGUCGCCCGUCUCCGCCACAAGAUGGUCAACGACAUUUCCGACAUGGUUGUCUGCGGAAACAUUGA